AUGGAGCGUGAUGUCCGUCGCGAUCGUGGCCAGUGGCGGGGAUGCCAUUCGUUCAAGAACAUUGUCAACGACGGAGACAUUGAUUCAAGAGCGAAGCGGAAUGGCGGCUUGAAAAUGGGCAAGACUUACUACUACUACUACGAGUUGGAUGGCACUACCGAGACUUAUGACCCAGCUCAGCCAUCCACGACAGCCUGUCCCUACUUGCCGGGCCAGACCGUUAACACGAUGUGGAUGCCGCUUGAGCAAGUGGAACGCAAGCGGAGUGCCUCGCUGAGCUCCAUGCGCAACGUCGACUACAAAACGAUGAACCCUGCGGACAAAUUUGUCACCCCAAGACCUGCCCCAAAGAUCCCAGAGGCUCCAGGUGUUCGCCUGGCUACGUCGCCUAUGAGCCUCCGACACAAGCGAUCUGCUCGAUCACUUUCACCGAGUCCGAACUGGUCUUGGUCGCCACGGAAGCUCUUCACCCGCAAGACCAGCUCCCUGUCUCUGCACAGCUCGGACGCAGACUCGAGCGAGGAGGCACCACGAUCAUAUACACCCUCCGAUGACCGAGCUAGCCUUGCUUCAUCUAGCUCUAGCAGAACCCGAGAUAUAUCUCCCGAGUCAUUGAGGAAAUUCCUAUCUGAUGAUCUGCCCCUGGUCUCUGAGCCGGCACAGGCAGCUGAGCGGCCUGAGAUUGCCAUCCCGGAUGACAUUGUCGAGGAGAACGAAGACGAUGACAACUUCGCCACUUCUGCCGUCUCUGAAGUCCUGCCCCCAACCGUCCUGUCACCGCCACCGUUUAAACGUAACUUCUCAUCAUCAACCAUUCUUCAGCUUCCAUCAAGUCAGCCAGAGACACCGGCCGAGGAAACUGAAGAGCUUACUUAUAGCGAGCCUCCUUCACGAGCACCCCCCGCGGUUCCGUCAUAUUUCACCGAGAAUCUCCCCAUUCCUCGCUCACACUUUUCUUUCUCAUCUGAGUCGAGCUACACAUCGGGAACCAACCCCAACUCACCCGAUCCCAACGAGUUGCCCGGCUUCUGUCACUCCGAGGACGAGGAUGAUGGCGGCAUCUCCUCCAUUGACGAGGAGGCCUUCCCAUAUCCUCCACGCGGUCUAGGCGUGAGCGGUCACGCGUUCGACCAGAGCAUCGCAGCCGCGUUCGCCGGCUACAGCCUGCCUCGUGCUUCCGUCGACGGCGCCAAGCCAGCCAUGGGCAGCCAGUCACCUGCUCAGGGCAUGGGCUCACCGGCCCUGAUCGCACACAACGAAGCCGGCAGCCCUGCUCUCCUUGCUCACCCCCUCCCGGGCUCGGGCCUUGACGAUCUCGUCAAUGAGCUUGGCUGGAUGGCAGAUGUAAUCCGCGGCAAGAAUGGCGCAUGA